AUGGAGAUGUGUUCAAGGGAGAAGAUGUUGCCGGAAAAGUAUGUCAGAAUUAUUCAGGAGAUGUACAGGAAUGUGUAUACUAGAGUGAGAAGCAGUGUUGGAGAAAAGGAUGGAUUUGAGAUAGGAGUUGGAUUACACCAGGGGUCGGCACUUAGCCCAUUCAUCUUCAACAUUGUGAUUGAUGUAAUGUCCAAGGAUGUUAGAGAAGCAGUGCCAUGGUGCAUAUUAUAUGCAGAUGACAUUGUGUUGUGUUCAGAGGGGAGGGAGGAGUUGGAGGAGAGGUUGGAGAGGUGGAGAGCAGCACUUGAGUAG